ACAGCUCGAGGGCACUCUUUGAUCUUGUCGUAGGACACAUAUAUGGCCACCGAGACCGAGGCCCUGCGAGGUGAGAUCGAGUGGCUCAAGGCGCAAAUACCGACGCUGAGCUCGUCCCUCGCCCAACUCCAGCAGCAACACGCGCAGCUCUCGGCGGCGCCGCCGCCGCAGCAGCACGCGCCGCCGCCGAUCCAGUCGGCGCCCGCUGGCGGUGCGGCCCCAAACGAGGGCGUGGCUUCCGGGCCGGCGGGCGGGCCGCACGCCGCCGCGUGGACCGAGCAGGUCCACCCGGAGAAUGGCGCCACCUACUACUGGAACUCGGUCACCGGCGAGUCGACGUACACCAAGCCAGAGGGGUUCCGGCCGGGCGGCGGCGGCGGCGGCAAUGCGACGGCGGUAGGUGUUCCGCAGACUAAGGGGCCGCCGGGCGCCAACCUCUUUGUUGUCCGAAAGAUGCGGCGCGGCGAGUAUGACGCUUUCAACGCCGAGGACCUGCGGCGGGAGUUUUCAAAGUACGGCACCGUGACGCGCGCGGAGAUCACCGUCGACAAGGAGACGGGCUGGUCCAAGGGCUUUGGCUUUGUCUCCUUUGCCACCGUCGAGGCUGCUGACGCCGCCCUCCAGGCUGUCCACGGGGCGUGGAUGGAUGGGAGAGAGAUGAAAAUCGAGAAGACGAAAGAGGAUGGAAGUGGCGGCGGCGGCGGCGGCGGCGGCGGCGGCUACGGAGGCUUCGGGGGCUAUUAGAGGCGAGACGGCUCCUAGCCGACGCGUCUGGGCGCUUGAUUGAGGCGGGCGAGGUGCGGAUGCAUUGGCCCGCUCGCUCUCCGUGCCCGGUCCUAGCUCCUACGGCUGUACCGGUGAGCAGUACAAUUGCCGCGCAUCUCUAGAGGUGUUGGCGGAGGCUCUCACACCGUCACAGACGUUAGAGACUCAAAGAGUAGAGAGUUCGCUGCGAUCGGCCGAGAGUCGAGAGACGUGGCAGUAAAGAAAACGGACACCUCUACGGCUAGGAGAUGGGUAAAAUUG